AUGGUUAGGAAUUUCAGGCAGAUAUAUGUGGGUAUUGCCUUUGGAAGGAUAUCAAAUGGUUUUUGGGUACAGUGGCUAGUGUUUCUUGGACCCAUUUUGCGGGACUUCAAACAAUUGGAGAUGGAGUUCAAGGUGAACAAUAAGAAGACUUGGCAGCAACAUUUGGAAGACUUGGAGACAGUCUUCAGAACAUUACAAACUCAUCAACUCUAUGCUAAAAGGAACAAAUGUACUUUUACAGUUGGGCACAAAGACUAUUUGGGGCACACUAUUAGCAGCAAAGGAGUGCGAAUGGAUCAAGUUAAAGUUGAGGUAAUUCUAUCUUGGCAUAUACCAAAAAUUGUGAAAGAAUUAAGAGCCUUCUUGAGCUUAGCAAGGUAUUAUAGAAGGUUUAUCAAAGGCUAUGGAAUUAUCUCUCAACCAUUGAACAAUUUCUUAAAGAAAGGGGGUUUUCAAUGGAGUCAAGUGAGUUCAAUAGCUUUUGAAAGGCUGAAAAAGGCCAUGACAAGUGCCCCACUGCUAGCUCUUCCAGAUUUUAAUGUUGAAUUUACAGUAGAGACUAAUGCCAGUGAUACAGGAAUUGGGGUAAUACUAUUACAAAAAGGACGACCAGUUGUAUAUUUGAGCAAAGCUUUGUUAGGGCAACGCCAUGCAUAUUCAAUAUACGAGAAGAAAAAUGUUGGCGAUCAUACUGAUUAUUCAGAAAUGGAGACCAUACCUAGUGGGUAG